AUGUGUUUUCCAUUUAAUUCUGCUCCUUCUCUUUUCUACAAUUAUUCCAUUUAGGAACCAGCCAUAGCCAUCCCCGGCGAACCUCACGUAGACAUUGGCACUUCACUUCUAGCACCAUCCCCAGUUGUAGCAACGCCUCCUGUUGUUGCACCAACCCCAGUUAUCGCUCCAGCUCCAAUUGUUGCACCAACACCAAUGGUUGCACCAUCGCCAGUGAUCGCUGCUCCUUCUCCAGUUAUUGCUGCCACAGCGCCAGUUGUAGCUGCCCAAGCCUCUCUUGUAGCUCCAACACCAGUCAUAGCUCCCCCGCCAGUUGUCGCUCCAACACCCGUCCUUGCUGCUCCAGCACCAAUUGUUGCUCCGGCUCCAAUUGUUGCUCCCGCUCAUGUUUUGGCGCCAGCACCUGCUCUAACAGCUGCUCCGUACUACCCUCAAGUGUUUCCGUACGCAGUGGUGAGAUUUUGUUAAAA